CUUUAGCGCAACAGAUUCCGGUAAAAAUCGGUCAAACUAUGCAGAUUUUCAUAACUUUCUUAAGUAAUUUCUACAAAAGUCAGUUAAGCAUUUCAUUUUAAACACUUCUUGAAAGAUUACGCCGCUUAAGUAUCGCAGGUUUCUACUUCGAUUUUAUUUCUAAAGUUUGAAAUAUACUGAGGAAUUUUAGAACAAUGUGUGAAAAGUUGGUUUCACAAACUGUAACGAUCAUGUUCUUUUCUAUCAUGAUUAAAUUGUUAUGUUGUGGGAAUAGUGCUGUAGAAAUCCGAUCUGAAUUAAGUUCUCGGAGAGAAAAUCUGACAAAUCUUUUGGUAACGGACCGCUUGCUGCAAAUACACGAUGGAGUAGAGUCUUCCAUUCAUUGUAGCAUUCUGUGCCUGGACGAGAGUCCUUGUGUUAGUUUCUUUUACUCACCGCUGUCGUCUGCAUGUCGACUACAUUCCAUCACCUUGGGAAAGGUUUCAGAAAUCGCACCUGAUAAUGGAUCACAAUAUUUUGUUAUGCAAAGAGGCAUGGGUUAUAUAGGAGACUCAUGUGGAAAUAACUCUCACUGCAUCACUGGGAACUCGGAAUGCAGGGACGGACAGUGUUGGUGCGGCGCCGGAUACAGUUUCACCCCCCGGCUGAAAACCUGUGACUCUAAUUGCACAGAUGGAUACAGUGAUCAGUAUACGUUGUAUAGUCGUCAUUUUCUCCACCUAAACAACAAGGAGGAGCAUUUGAAUGUGACCUUGAACCAAUGCCGUGACCUCUGUACCUCUACUAUGACAUUUACAUGCAAGACUUUUGAAUAUGGCUACAUAUCAAGGAAGUGUAGUUUACAGGAAGUGACGUAUUUAGAUGUGCCCGGAUUCUGGUAUGAGGAUAUCUACUACUUUGAAUAUGACCACUACCAGAGGGAUUGUUUGUAAUCAUAAAUUAAUAAACUUAUUAAUUCUGAA